AUGCGUCCAUCUAUGCGAUUCCCAUCCCUUCAGGGAUCACGAUCCCUCUAUGUCUGUUCGACCUGCAGACAAGAGGUGCGUCCCCGGCCACAGUUCGCCCGUCAAUUCCUACGCAAUGCGUCGUCAACCCCGAUCACCGAACGAGUGCGGCGUAAGAUCUGGGGCACGGAGAACCCGCCCGGUUUGAAGGAUCCGUACGGAGGAGAGGGUGUCAUUGAGCGGAGGUUCAAACAGAAUCAGCCCGAGGGCCAGGAGUCCGAACAACCAGCGCUGGAGCAGCAACCGGAGUUUGAGGGUGAUAUCGCGCCUGGUGAUGAGUAUGUCCCAGCCACUACAUGGGAUGGACUUGAACGAAUUGGUCACUUGGGAGGGUGGUCGGAUUAUCCUUCCACUGCAACCGACUCAUACAGCCCGUUCAUGUCUAAGACCAAACUCACCAAAAAGGAACACUUGGCUCUCGCUGCUCACCAGACCGCAGUGGAAGUUUGCCUGCUACACACUUUAAAGAAGCCCUUGACGAAUGUUUGCAGCGUCGGUGAACACGAGAAGGCGGUUUUCAAAUUGAUCUGGAGGUCCCAGAUCAAGCCCAGUGAAAAUGGUCAGUGGGAUGGUGUACUGACCUUCCCCAACAAAGAAGCCGAGAAGUCUCUCCUUUACAUUUUCGAGCAGAUUGGAGGCCAGCCCCAAGCUGCCGUCGCUGAACAGGCCACCGGCAAGACUCAAGAGAGCGUCGAGGGAUCGGAAAUUGAAGCGGCAAUGGAGAGUGCGUCCAAUCCUCCUCGGGAGCACUUUUUCGGAUACCAAAAUGUUCGGGACAAGGGCUUCCUCGCCCUUCCAUUGAACGAUAUCGCUAUCAAGUUUGCCUUCUUGAAGAGAUUCUCCCAGCUGACCGGUCACUACUUCCCUGAUCCCGCCAUUCACUCGAUUACCACUGUUAAACAGGCCAUGCAAUACGUCCAGAAAGCGCUUACCCCGAAGCCCAAGAAGUUGGCCGAGCACUUGGUCAACAACCCGACUCUCCAGGCCCUGCCCAACGUCAAGAUCUUUGCAAAGAGACAGAAGCCCUCGAACAAGGAUGAAGAAUACGGCCGGAAGAAGAUCAUCGAAGCCGAGCUUCGUUUCUUGGUGUACAGACUAUUGAUAUUAUCAUUCCCACCCAUCUUCCGACGCUUCUUCUUUUCGUUUUCCUCCUCCAGCACGCGAGCGGUGAGCAUGGCUGUGGCGGCAUUUUUGAUCCCGUUUGAUGGCGCAUUAGGUGUUGGAGUGGACGUGGCGCUUCGGCUUGAAGCAGUGGUCUUUGACACAAAAGAGGCCUGUUUGGAUUCUUCCUUGGCGGGUUCGGUUUCGACGGAGGCAGAGUCGCCGUUAGUGGCGUUCUUCUUGCGCUUCUUGGAACCAGGCGCUUUCUUGAGCGAACUUGACAUUCGGCCCCAGCUGCUUGGCCGUGAUCGGGCAGAUCCAUCCUUCCCGCUUCUCAUGCUUGUCUGUCACGGGGACUUCGCGCUCGGUGUCAACCUCGAAUUUCAGCUCGACUACAUCGCGAAGACCUUUCACCCGACCACUCAAGAUUUCCUCGCAGUCGGCCUUGGAGCUGAUGCCUUCUGCGUCGUCGCCGGGAAGGAGAAAUUGCAGGAUGGCGUCUUUGUUGUAGAGAUUUCCGACGCAGUCAGAAACGAUCGGUCGGGUCAGAGGCUUAUGGGAUAUCGGGCAGCUUGCUCUACGGCGGUAGUUGCUACAAAUGAUGGCGCGGAACGACCUCGGGGAGUUGGUCCGGAAUUUGCAAAGUUCUACAAGGACACGACAACGUUUAGCUGCAUUUCCCAUCCCGCAGUUCAAAUCCCCUUCUCGUCUGUGAACGAUGACUAUUGCGAUUGCCCUGAUGGCAGUGAUGAACCUGGGACUUCUGCCUGUUCUCAUCUCUCUCGCCACUCCCCGCUGACAGUCGCUGAUCGCCCGGGAAAUAACGACCUCGAGCUCACUCUGGCGCUUCCAGGGUUCUACUGCAAGAAUAAGGGUCACAAGCCCUCUUACGUUCCCUUCCAGCGCAUCAACGAUGGUGUCUGUGACUACGAACUAUGCUGCGAUGGAAGCGACGAAUGGGCCCGUGUUGGAGGCACGAAAUGUCAAGACAAGUGCAAGGAGAUCGGUAAAGAGUGGCGGAAGCAGGAGGAAAAGCGACACAAAUCUUUGAGUUCCGCACUGAAGAAGAAGAAGGAGCUCCUUGUGGAUUCAGGCAGACAGCAGAAGGAGAUUGAGGAUCACAUCAAAAGGCUGGAAGUAGAGAUUCAGGCCCAGGAGAUCAAGGUGAUCAACCUGGAAGCCGAUCUAGAAGAGAUCCAAAAGCAGGAAGCGAGCAAAGUGGUCAAGGGACCAAAGAAGGGAAAGGUGAACGUUCUGGCUGCGUUGGCCAAGGGCCGGGUCGAGGAACUCCGGAAUGCGUUGGUUGACGUUCGCACGGAGAGGGAUGAGGCCCGCUCGCGAGUGAAGGAGCUCGAGGAGAUCCUGUCCAAGUUCAAGGUUGAGUACAACCCUAACUUUAAUGACGAGGGUGUCAAGCGUGCUGUGCGCAGUUGGGAGGAAUACGCUGCUCGGGAGUCCACAGACGAUAAUGGAAACGCUGCCCGGGACCGGGACUUGGAGGAAAUUGCCAAGCCUGACAGCGAGAACACUGGUGUGAACUGGGAGCAAUGGGAAAAUGAGGAGGAUGGAUUUUACCAGCUUGCUGCCUACCUACCUCCUUCUCUGGUUAGUUUCAUUGAGGACAAGGUUAUCUCUGUCAGGGGUUUCCUGGAAGAAAAUGGCUUUCUCUCCAAGAAAGAGGACAGUUCCUCUUCCGAAUCCAAGGCUGUGACAGAAGCUCGUGAUGCGCUCAAAUCGUCCGAGAAGUCUCGCGACGAGCUUCACAAACAAAUGAGAGAGCACAAGGCGGAUCUUGAAACCGACUACGGUACUGGUUCUGUCUUCCGCGCCCUCAAGGGCCUUUGCAUUACCAAGGAUGCCGGAGAAUAUCAAUACGAGCACUGCUUCCUUGAUAAAACCAAGCAAAAUUCUAAGAAGGGCGGUGCAUCUGCACGGAUGGGUCAGUUUGUCCGCAUUGGAACCGUCAGCAUCGACGAACUCAACGAAUCGGCCGAGAUGGUUCCGGUUGAACGAACGUCUUUGGAGUAUGCGAAUGGGCAGACAUGCUGGAACGGUCCCGCACGGUCAACCACCGUCAUCCUGGAAUGUGGUGAGCAGAAUGAGAUUCUGAAGAUCAUGGAGGAUGAGAAGUGCGUGUACUCGAUGAUUGUCACCACCCCGGCUGUGUGCCCUGGUGGAGAGGGGGAGGGUAAUGUUGCACCAAGAAGCAAGGAUGAGCUGUGA